GCGCAGUGGGCUCCGUGGAUCAGGGUUUCCGUGUUGUUCCGUGUGUCUGCAGAGUGACGCGGAUCGCCACAGUCGAAAACCAAAGAAGAAGAGGGGGAGAUGAAGAACAAAGUGAGCAGCACUCAAGUGAGUGUGAAGAGGAGGACGUGGUCCUGGCAGCAAUACCUGAACGAGGAGAAAGCUGAAGCUGCUCCGUCCACACUUUUCACACAGUCCCAGCUUGUUCCCAGUCGGAGACACGGUUUCAGGGUCGGGAUGAAGCUGGAGGGCAUCGACCCGCUGCAUCCCUCCUUGUUCUGUGUGCUGACGGUCGCCGAGGUGAUUGGCUGUCGGCUGCGUCUCCACAUCGACGGCUACUCUGAGUGCUAUGACUUCUGGGUAAACGCCGACUCCACAGACAUCAGACCAGCCGGCUGGUGUAAAGAGCACAGCCACAAGCUCCACCCACCUAAAGGACACAGCGAGACAGAGUUUGAUUGGCAGUGUUAUCUCCAGUCCACAAACUCAGAGGCUGCUCCAACGACCCUGUUCACCUGCCACACUGCAGCCUGUGAGUUCAGGGUUGGGAUGAAGCUGGAGGCCGUCGACAGGAAGAACCCCGGACUCGUCUGCGUGGCGUCCGUCGCCGAUGUCAUUGACGACCACUUCCUGGUUCACUUCGACAACUGGGACGACACUUACGACUACUGGUGUGACAGCAGCAGUCCCUACAUCCAUCCAGUGGGUUGGUGUGAACAGCAUGGACGACCUCUGACGGCUCCACAGGGCCAUCCCAACCCCGAGAACUUUGUGUGGGAGGAGUAUCUGCAGGAAACCGGUUCCACUGCUGCUCCCAGUUCAGCCUUCACUCUGAGGCCUCCGCACGGUUUCCAGGUGAACCACAGGCUGGAGGCGGUGGACAGGAGGAACCCCAGACUAGUCCGCGUUGCCACGGUAACGGAGACGGAGGACUACAGGGUAAAGGUUCAUUAUGACGGCUGGUCCACGCAGUUCGACAUCUGGUGCGACAGCGACCUCAGCGACCUGCAUCCUGUCGGCUGGUGUCAACGCACAGGACACCCCCUGGAGCCCCCCCCAGGUUCGUCCCCCGUGUCGUCCCCCUCUCAGGGUGUUUGUCCAACAGCCGGCUGCAGAGGAGUGGGACACAUCAAAGGGUCCAGAUACACUGGACACCACAGUGCCUUCGGAUGUCCAUAUUCAGACAUUAACAUGCGUAAAGAGGUGGUGCUUCCCGAUAGGCUGGGAGGAGAGAGAGUCUUUACCCUCGUACCUGUCACAAUGCGUCACCAUGGCAACCAGGUGGACAGAGAUGUUCAUGUGAAGACGGAGGCCGGAGAGGAGAAAGUCCUGGUCCCCGUACCAAAGAGAAGACGACUGACAGACAGACUUCCUCAGCCAGCCACAUUCCUCUGUGUGAAGGAGGAAGAGGAGGAGCUUCCCCUCAGUUCCCUGGGUCCAGCUGAGUCCACGCUGCAGGCCGUCCUCCACCAGUCCGUCUUCCUGUCGGCCAUGUCUCCGCAGCCCGGCCGAGACCUGUCUCUCUGCUGGGAGCAACACCGGAAGCUGUUGCCGGGGGUCGCUGGUGUCCACGCAGAGACCGUCCAACACUGGAGCGUCCAACAGGUGUCAGAUUUCAUCGAGUCCCUCCCCGGCUGCGAGGAACAAGCGAGACAGUUCAGAGACGAGCAAAUUGACGGACGGGCCUUCCUCCUGCUCACCCAGCGGGACAUCGUUAGGAUCAUGUCAAUCAAACUCGGCCCCGCCCUCAAGAUCUACAACUCCAUCCUGAUGUUCAAGCACGCCGAGGACAAGAGCCAAUCACACGCUACCGAGGACACUAGCCAGUCACACGCCACUGAAGAUUCUGCCUCCUGACAUUUGGAAGUACUGAUGGAGAAAAUGAUCCCCUUGCCCCCCCCCCCCCCCCCCCCCAAAAAAAAUCAUUUAGGUCCUCCCCCUCCCACAGUGCCACCCCCCUCUGCCCCAGUCACCAAUCAGAUUUGUCUUUCUGAUGUCUCAUCAGUCUCAGGUGUGUCUGUGUUGGUCAUGUGACCUCGCCUGAGCUCCGUUUCAGGCUCCGCCCUUUUUGGAGGCGGAGUGAGUAUGUCAGAGAACCGAGGACUGAACGAAGGUGCAAUGGAUUAUGGGAUGUUGAGGCCCCCUCAAUAACACUCCUACUGCGUGGAGGCUUUCAGACUGGACAGGUGCGUUAGCCGGAUGGAGGCGGAGCCUGAAGCACAACUAUGUAGUUUAUUAGAAUGCGUUACCAUGGCAGCCGAGAACUAAGGACAGAAUCCAGGAAGUGGAUGAUGAUAACAAUAAUAAUAAUAAUAAUCACACCAAAAAAAAAACAAUAUAAUCACUAACAGGAAGCAGGCCAUGAGUCAUGCCAUGGCUCCGCCCCUCUCAGGAUUUUAACAAGGACAUCAUCCCACCCCCUCUGUGCUGAUUGGUCAGGAAUAAAUGAUGUCGUGAAGAGUCUGAAUUCCAGAGUUUAUAUUUAUAAUUCUAUUGUUCUUUACCGUAGCUCUAUUUUAAAGUUUAUAUGAAAAAAUAUGGUUUCUAUUUCGGGGCGUGGCCUGUAUGGGGGCGUGGCCUGCAGGGACGCUCCGCCGCACACGCUCAAGUCUGUACAUCCUCAGGUUUCCAGCGGUCAGCUGUUUGUGUUCACAACCUGUCAGUGUUUGAAGAGAUCAAUAAAGUUUCUGAUGGUU